AUGUACCGAGACUUCGGGGAACCGGGGCCGAGCUCCGGGGCCGGCGGCGCCUACGGCGGCCCCGCGCAGCCCCCGACCGCCGCGCAGGCGCAGGCGGCGGCUGAGCAGCAGAAGUUCCACCUCGUGCCAAGCAUCAAUGCUCUGAGCGGCAGCCAAGAGUUGCAGUGGAUGGUUCAGCCUCACUUCCUAGGGCCCAGUGGCUACCCCAGACCUCUGACCUACCCUCAAUACAGCCCUCCACUCCCCCGGCCAGGAGUCAUUCGGGCACUGGGACCACCUCCAGGGGUACGUCGCCGGCCCUGUGAACAGAUCAGCCCCGAAGAGGAGGAGCGCCGCCGAGUGCGGCGGGAACGGAACAAGCUGGCCGCGGCCAAGUGCCGAAACCGGAGGAAGGAACUGACCGACUUCCUACAGGCGGAGACUGACAAACUGGAGGAUGAGAAAUCCGGGCUGCAGCGAGAGAUUGAGGAGCUUCAGAAGCAGAAGGAACGCCUGGAGCUGGUGUUGGAAGCCCACCGCCCUAUUUGCAAAAUCCCGGAAGGAGACAAGGACAGAGACACAGGAGGACCCAGCAGUGCCAGUGGCACCAGCAGCCCACCAGCACCCUGCCGCCCUGUACCCUGUAUCUCCCUUUCCCCGGGCCCUGUGCUGGAACCAGAAGCUUUGCACACCCCUACCCUCAUGACCACACCCUCUCUGACUCCUUUUACCCCCAGUCUGGUUUUCACCUAUCCCAGUACCCCAGAGCCUUGUGCCUCAGCUCACCGAAAGAGCAGCAGCAGCAGUGGGGACCCCUCCUCUGACCCCCUGGGAUCCCCUACCCUCCUUGCCUUGUGAGACACCUGCUCA